UAGGCGGUGCUACCAGUCGCUUCCAGCUGCUGCAGGAGGGCGGGUUACAGUUGCGGUAGCCAACGCUGCUAGUGGUGGUAGUAGCUAGCACGGCCUUUUGAGGGCUCUUCGCUGAAUUGUUAUUGUUUUUAAAUAAAGGCUGGUAUCCUCACUCUUGGGAUACUAGAGUGUGGAAUAUUAUCCGCCAUGGACACUGAGGUGGAGAAACCCGAACCCGCGGACAGCGAACAGGACGAGGAGGAGGAUGUUUACGAAGUGGAGAGAAUCAUCGAUAUGCGCCUCGAAGAGGGGGAGGUUCUGUACCGGGUCCGCUGGAAGAACUAUUCCUCGGACGACGACACCUGGGAACCGGAGGCCCAUCUGGAGGACUGCAGAGAGGUGCUGCUGAACUACAAGAAGAACAACGUGGAACUCAAGCUCAAGAGAGAUGCAGAGGCUAAGAAAAUGACGGUCCCGACAAAGACGGACGUGGCCGAUGAAGACUCCGAGAGCGACAGCGACAAAGAACGGCCUAGCGACAUGCCCCUCAAGAAGAAGAAGAAGAAGGUGAUGCCGAAGGAAGCGGAGUCUCCACAGAAGGAAAGGGAGAAGGAGAAGGAGAAGAAGAGGAAGAAGAAGGACAAGAAGAGGGAGGAGAUGACGAAGCCCCUGCCAGCACCCGAGACGGAGGAUGAGGAGGACGCACCACCUCCGUCGCCCCCCAGCCCGUCCCCCUCGCAGCCCAGGGAGAAGCUCGUAGAGAGGAAGAAGCGUACGGUGGACACGGACGAGGAAGAGGAGGAGCUGGCACCUACCAAGAAACACAGGAAGGACAAGGGGAGGGAGGCUGGAAGACUCAAAAAGGACAAGUCGGAGGACGGACGCAAGAGGAAGGGGAAGAGGGAGAGGAAGAUGGUGUCGUCUGAAGACGAGGACGCCGCUCCCCUGGAGCAGGACCUCAGCGACGAGCCGUCGGGCCGCUCGGAGGAGAGGGGCAAGCAGAAGAGAGGUCCGAGGUCGGAGCUGAAGCUGCAGGGCUUCAAGGACCUCCUCCAGGACAAGAAGCUCAAGAAGACUGAGGCGGCCGCCGGGCCCUCGCAAAAGGAGGCCAGCACCCCGAAGACCAAGAGCCAGGCCUCCAGGCCGAGGGAGGACCCCGCGCCCCACUCCUCCGACUCCUCCGACAGCUCCUCCCUCCAGAAGAAGCCCAGGAGCAAGGCGGCGCCAGAGGGCACGGUUCCGCCGCCCGCCCCCAAACUCCCGCCGUCGUCCGCAUCCAUCGCCUCCUCCUCGUCCUCCUCCUCGUCCUCACUGGCGUCAGCCGGUGGCGGGGGCGCCAAGGCCCGGGGGGAGGAGGCCGGGGUGAAGGACGUGGGGAUGAAGGAGGCGGAGUCUAUCCCGGGGGGUCAGAAGGAAGGCGCCGGCUCCACCAACCUGUUUGAGAAGUUCCUGCUGAACUGCGAGGCCAAGGACCGAGUUCCGCGCCGGCACGCCGUGCACCAGCCUCCCGUCGUCGCUACGGAAACCAUCAGCAGCGCCGGGAAAACACCCAAGCUGAUAGGGAAGAUUGAGAAGAAGGGAAAGGCGACAAAAGAUUCUCCUGCCCAGAAACCAGAUGCAGAAAAGUUGGCAGCCAAGCAGCCAGAAGCCCCCCGAGCGGGCCAGAGCCACGGCUUCAGUCUGGACAGCGAUGAGAAGGACGCGGAGGAGCCGGUCGCACGGCCCCGCGCGGGGGAGGACCGGAGGGACAAGGCGGAGGAGGCGCAGAGGCCCGCCUGGGAGAGGAGGACGCCCGCGGACGACCGGAGGUGGAAGAGGAGGGAGGACAGCGAGCCCAGGCUGUUCAUGGCCUGUGACGAUACGCCCGACCCCCAGGACGCCCAAGAGGGAGCAGACAAGUCCAGGGGCCAAGCCACCCUGAGUCUGGGCAUGGACCUGAACCUGGACUGGAUGACCCUGGAAGACUUCCAGAAACACCUGAACGGAGAAGAUGAGAUCUUGUCAGGUCCACCGCUCUCUCCCAGUGAGCUCCGGGAUGCAGUGAAGAGUGGGGACUACAUGUCUGUUAAACUGGCGCUCAACUCGAAGGAAGAGUACAACCUGGACCAAGAGGCAUGUUCGGUUGAGGAGAAGAUGGCAUUUGAAGAAGACAAGAGUUUGAUUGAGGAGAAGAUGGAUUUUGAAGGAGACAAGAGUUUGAUUGAGGAGAAUACAGCUUUUGAACGAGACAAGAGUUUGAUUGAGGAGAGGAGCUCACACACUUCGAAUAGGUUUAAUCUUGGCAUGGAGAGUGCAAAAGAAGAGGGCACUUUGAGACUCAAUAACAAUCACCUGCAAGAUCUUGCGGGCCAAAUCUGUAGUUAUACCCUUCCAAAUACAGCAGAUUUACCACAGCAGGUCCCAAACAAAAAACAAGAUGAGCGACUUUUAAAUAAGGAUGAACACACUGCUGGCAACCUGUUGCCAGAAGUCCAGAUGCCAAUGGACACCAACGUGGAUUUUACUGGUGAGAUGAGUUUGGGUUUAAAGCAGAAUAAUUUGAGCAAUGGCUCUGAAAUUAUCUCAGACAAUGAGCUAACCAGCCCGGGUGACCAUAACGGGCUAGAAGACAUCCGACCAAUGCAAACGGAUGACCAAGUGGAUGAUGAAGUUGGGAAAUGGAGCCUUCCAUCUGAACCUGCAGAAAGAACAAAUAGCCUUCAGGCAGCAGAUGAUGACACCAUAAUUACAUCUGCAAAGAGCAACGCAGAGAGCCCAAAAAUUAAGACCGGACACAGGAAAAUCAAGGAAAGACGACAACCAACCAGAUUUAGCUCGAGGAUGUGCAAAAAGGUACUCCAAACUAGUACGUUGGAGGAGGAUGACGACGACGACGAGGAUGAUUAUGAUGAGGAUACAUCCAAAGAGCACUUCUGCUUGUAUUGCAAAAAUCCCUUCCGCCGAUUACUGAGGCAUUUAGAACGCACACAUUCAAAUGAGACAGAAGUCACUCAUGCCAUGCACUUCCCCAAGGACUCCAAAAUCAAGCAUACCUUACUGGAUCAAAUCCGCAACAAAGGAGAUUAUGAGCACAAUUGCAGUGUCCUCCAAAGUGGAGAAGGAGAAAUUGUCACAAAGAAAAACAUGAAUAAUGCUAUGCUGUCUGACAGAGAUUACUUGCCUUGCCAGCACUGCCUUGCAUUUCACCGCAAAACCGAUCUUUGGAAACACGAGCGAGCGUGUAAGAGGAGAGGGGAUCAAAGGUCCGACAUCGGAACAAAGAGGUUCAGAGUUCAGAGUGCUGCUUCUCGACUACUUCCCAUGUCGGAGUUCCUGACCGGGGGCUGUGAGGAAAUAAUUGACAUCAUGCAUCAAGAUGAAAUCUCUCACCAUGUACGGAAUGACCCACUCAUCUGUAAAUAUGGCAAUGCGCUGUCUGCUAAACAUGACUACGACAGAUCCCAGUUUGCUUACAUUGCACAGAAAAUGAGGGAGCUGGGUAGAUUUAUCCUUGCUGCCAAUGAAAUUGACAGCAGCGUACACUUUUUGCAUGAAAUGUGUACACCUUGCAGAUUUGAAUUGGCUGUUGAAGGGGCCAAGAAGUUGGCUGGUUUUGACCAAACCUCCGGUCGCUAUAAGACGGUUUCCCUGGUCUCAAAGAUAGGCUACUCUUUAAAACGAGCUGCAGAAAUUGCUUUUGGUGAAAGCCGAAUGACUGAGGACAGGGAAACAGAGGCCCAAAUCCAAAGAUUCAUAAAUCUUCUUGAUAAAAAGUGGGAUCAAAGUUUCUUCAAAAGCUCUCGUACGGCCUCUCAGAAAGUGGAAAUAGAUAAAUCAACGCUGACCGAGGACCUGAUCAAACUUUAUAGAUUCAUAACGAUAGGAGGCGAUGAAGCUUCCCGAGAGCUCAAGGAGAACCCUGGUUCAUUGUCAUGGAGGAAGCUUGGCGAGGUCACUCUCACCGAGGUCUAUCUCUUCAACAGAGGCCGAGUGGGAAACACUGGGCGAAUGCUUCUGAAGGAGUACAAUGGCAAAAAGAUGGAGGUACCAUUCACGCCUUCUGCUGAACAGAUUCUGCAAUGCACAAAACUAGAACUGGAACUUAAGGAUGGUCUUACAAUAUUGGAAUUAGAGGGUCAUGGCUGUAGAAACAUGCUUGUCUUUCUUACUCCAAGGAUGGUAUCAUCCAUUGAUCUACUCAAUGAAAAUCGAGAUAAGGCUAAUGUGGCAGAAGGCAACCCAUACGUAUUUGCAAGAAAUGAAUGCCUUUCCCCUCUCAGGGCAUUUGAUCAUUUGAGAAAAGCAGCAGCUGAAUGUGGCGUUGUGAACCCAGAUGCCAUUUUGUCUGCAACCCUACGAGACCAGGUUGCCAGUUAUUGGCAGCUUAUGAGCCUGAAGGAACAGGAGUUGAACAAAAUUGCCAAACUCCUGGAUAGGAGCAACGAGGAGUUCACCAAGCUCCAAGAAAACCCUUCCCUGUUGGAGGAAAUGAGCAAACAACUGCUCAAGUUGGAUAGGACUUUGUAUUUCCGUCCUAACCCUAACCCUGAAACUUCAGGUCUUGCUCAAACUUCAGGUCUUGCUCAAACUUCAGGAGCCGUCCGGAUGAGUUUUGCCAGGAAGAAAGGUUGGAAUGAGGAGGAGCAGGAGGCGGUGAGGCGGUACCUUGGCCACUACUUCACGCUCAUGAAGCUCCCUGGGAAGAAGCAGUGCUUGGCCUGCAUCACCGCUGAACCCGCCCUCAGCGCCAGGUCCUGGACUGACAUAAAGAAUUACAUUCACAACAGGUUGCAGUCAAUGAAAAGGAAAUGUUUCCACCGUAAGGCUCAAGGAGAUAAUAAGUUCUUGAGGAAAAGGAACCAAAGAGGGGGUCGGCGUGCUAUGAAGAAGGAAUUUCCAGACAAAAAUAAGGAUUUUGUUCUCAGCCGGACAACCAAUCCACCAACCGAACAUAGAGAAAUGUCUCCAACAAAUCAGGCUGCUGUACUAUAUCCUCAAGUAAAACAGGCCAUGAACACUGUGCAUUUAUCGAUGGUCGGUUCUAAAACAAACCGAGCAGUGACAAAUACACCAAUGAUUCCCACGUUUACCCCCUUAAAUGCACUUACAAAAACAUUUACCCCAGAGAUCGCUAGAAGUACGCUCUUGUCUCCGCCGUAUUCAACGCAGCGCGCAACAAGUAUGCCAGUUCAUCCUGCAUACUCGCCACAACAUGCUACAAGCAUGCCGGGACAUCUGGCAGGGUAUUCGCCGCACAGCAGCAGCCCUCUGAUGAUUCCAACAUUUAUGCCGUUAAACGCGCCGUGUUCACAACAGCUCCCUCGGUUCACACCGCUGAAUGAUAGACGUUCAAACAUGCUUUCCUCCUUCAGACCCCUGAACCAUUCUAGUACAACAGGUUUCCCCACAAGCCCCCCCAGAACGCACAGCAUGACCCCUCUCUCAAGCACCCUUUCGAUGAACCUAGUCGCAAGUUCCCAGUGCACAACCACUCUCCCAAGCUACCAUGUGACCCACCCAAACCCCAGAACCCACACCACAAACCCAAACCCCAGAACACAAACCACCAACUCAAACCCUAGAACCCACACCACCAACCCAAACCCCACAACCCACUUAAAUCACCAGAGCCCAAGCUCCCACACUACAAACUCGAUCCCAAGCACCCAUGCACGAUCCAAAGGUGUUCAGCACCGGACACCGUCAAUGAAAAGUAAUGACUCCUCCGUGGACACCCCUGAUACUCCCACAAGUUCUUCUUCCCAAAAGACUCCCAAGAAAGCCAAGAGGUUGUGGAGUGAGGCGGAGCAGACCGCCGUUCGACGGCAGCUGGGUGACAUUGGUGCGCUGACGAAGGUGCCCGUCAAGAAGGACUGUGACGCGUGUCUAGCGGCCGAGCCUGCUUUGAGAAGCCGGACCUGGCGGGAGGUCAAGUACUUUGUUCACAACACUAUUCAGUCCAAGAAGAAGAGGGCAAACGCUCCUCCUUCCAAACGGUCUGCACCCCUCAGCCCCGGGGUUCCUAACGCCAUUGCAGAAUGGGAUGCUCCCGUCUAUCUUUCCCUGUAAAUACUACAAUGAAAAACCAUUGUAGGAGACAAUUAAAAGAAGCGGGAUGGUUGGUCAUCCUAAAAAAGGAAUCGUCUUAAGCUCACGGCAAACAGGAAUAGCAGUGAAUUGUACUGACAAAGCUUUGAACAGGAUUUAUUUGUCCUAAGAUUCAUAUUUUGUUUCCCCCCCCACAGUGUUCUCCGAUUCAGGUAGUCAUACUUAGGAUUUGUGACAUCAUACAAAUAGGAAUGGUUUUUGCUUGUUUUUAGAGCAGAUGAAGAUAAACUCAGCCUGAUCUACCUCGAGGCAUGGCUGCCGUUUCCUGCAUAUUGUCAAGCAAGGAAUAAAACAAUUAUUUCGAUUUUAAUCCAGCAUAUUAAUAUGGAGUAAUUGUAUAUGGAAGUAAAUCUGUGCCAUCGGAUUUUGAAAAUAAAAAGCCAUUGAAUACUUAGCACUGAAUAUUUAUGCAUUGAAAUAACGUAUCUAGAUUUUUUUGCCUCUAAAUUUAACCCAAUAAAUCAUAUUCAGCUUUAUUUUUCGAUGUUAAAAAAUUCAAAAUCAAACAUUCAACGUAAAUAUUUAUAUAAAAUAUAGUCCCAAAAUUCCACAUGCCAAAUUCAGCUGCAAAAUUCAAUGUCUGAAAAUUCAGUGUUAACAUCCGACACCGGAUGCACGUUAAGUGGCUGGAGCAAAACGGUUGAUAUGCCUCUGUGACGGAAUAACAAGAGCGCAACGAGCGAGCAGAGCCAACACUAUUCCGCACAGACAAAUUAAAAGCAGGUUGCUUUCGGGAAGCUCUUCCCGAGGCACGCGUGCUUCCACUGGAACUACAGGCUGCUGCCGCUUCAGUUGCGCAAUGCUGUCGGCUCUGCGCUCUCGUUCCACAGUGGGCAGCGGGCUUCAGCAUCACAUCACAGAUCGCCCCAGCAUCACACUAAACGUAGGCAGAGUGACCUCGGCGGAUUGCCCCAAAUUGGUGCCCUAAUAAAUUGGGCUCCUUGACCAACUACAAUUACUCUUACGUUGCAUGUAAAUCCAGCCAAGUCACUGCAAUCACACACACACUUCACGUACAGGCAUUAGUUCAUUGUUUGCUUCAUACUGCAGUAAAAAAAUAAUAACAAUGGUGUGCAUCAUAACAAAAACAUAAGAUCCCCCAGUGUUAAUUUCGGUAACAAAAAAUAUGACGAAAAAUUUCGUCAACAACCAUUUUUCCAUGACUAAGACGAGACGUUGACGAGCUAAAAAUAGAUCUUUGAUAAUAAAAACUAUGACGAAAUGUACGUUUUGUUUUCGUUGACGAGACGAGACAGGACUAAAAUGUUAGUGGUGUGCUAUUUGGACAUUAAAAAAUGCACGGAAAAAAGAUAAUUGCGAAUUGAUUUGUGAGUUUGCUUUACCAAUGAUGUAAGUAAUAUUGAGAAUAGAUUUUCUUAAAAAAAACUAAACGAAAACUAUCGUAUACCCCAAGGGAAUACAUGAACGCCUCGAAAUGUUUCGAUUGGUAGUGAUUUUCACCUCUUGAAAUUGAAUUAUUUUAUUUUUGAAAGAAAACACAUGGAAGCAAUGGAGAACGCCAUCUCUCGUUCGGUUGUUUAGAACUGAAAAUCCGGUUGCCAGGACAACGUGACGUUUAGUACCCUAUUUGAGUGGAACAAUUUAGCAGUUGUCCAUAUAUAUGGGGUUAGCUUAAUUUAACUAGUUUAAAAAGAGAAAACAUUUGGACUAAAAUAAUGACUAAAAGUUGACAAAAAUGUAAGGACUUUUCGUCUACUAAAACUACAGAGGAAAACAAUGACUAAAAUGUGACCAAAUCUAAUAAGCAUUUUCGUCAAAAGACCAAGACUAAAUCUAAAAUAGCUGACCAAAUUAACACUGGAUCCCCCCCCUUCACCUUGUUAUUAAAUGUGCUUAAUAAAUACAUUUGAUUUGAUUAGCAUUUUACAGACCGAUACAAGGGAUAGGGCGUUUAGUAAGGUCUACCACCGUUGCUUGUCUCCCCAUAAAAAGCUACAGUCAGUGUUUAAUGACGUUGAAUUGCCUUUGAGCAUUUCCUAUUAUAGGCUACUGUGUAAAAUGCUGUAUUGAAUUAACGUCUGUAUCAAGAAAGAAGAAUUGAGUGACGGUCUUAUUCCCGCUCUCCUUUCUUGACCUUGGAUCGAUUGGUCUUCCUUGGGUCCCCGGAUGUUAACACUGAAUUUUUCGACAUUGAAUUUUGCAGCUGAAUUUGGCAUGUCGAAUUUGGGAACGUUGAAAAUAUUUAUAUUUAAUAUUUAAAUUGUUGAAUUUUUGAUUUUGAAUUUUUAACAUUGAAAAAUAAAGCUUUAUAUGAUUUAUUGAAAAUUCUAAGAGUUUAAAUUUAGAAACAAAAAAGCCAAAUGCGUUAUUUCAAUGCAAAGAUAUUCAGUGCUUAUAAUUCAAUGGGUUUUUAUUUUCAAAAUCCGAUGGCACAGAGUUACUUCCAUAAUUGUGCUUUGUUUGUAGUUUCUACAUAGUGCCCUUGGGUGCUAAAACAGUGAAUUCCCUUUUUUUCACCUUAUAUUAAAUAAUGUUGAAACAGCUCAUCCGUCAUUAUCUAGGGCACCCAGUUCUACAUGAUAAGCUCUAUGUUGUGAUUGGUUGAUUACUCAUUAGGGUGCAAGGAAAUGCACCUACUGAGAUCGUCUUUAUUUUACCAAGUGGUGGUGUGUUGUAGUAUAAUUGAAACCACAGCAUUAAGUAAUCCAAGUAUGUUUGUAGCUCUGGCUCAAGGGGAGCAAGUUCCAUCACAUAGUUUGUAAUGUAUUUAUGAUCAAUGUACCUUUUUAAAAAUCAUUGGAGAUAUUCUGUAGGGAUGGUUCUGGUCUGGCUCGUUGGUAGACAGGUGAGAUGCGCUAUCCACUACUCCAGAUAUCCAAAUGGGUGUUUUCCUUGAAGGAAACAUGUCAGCCCAAAUUAUUUGUCCUGUUAAAGAUUUGUCUUGCUUUUCCCAAGUGUUGCUAGCUUGUUUUAUUUUGUCACUGAAUCUUGAAUGAACGGGACAUUAAAAUCAAGUUUGCAUUGUGACAUAUUCACUGUUUUUACCCUAUAUAAUAACCCUCCUUUGUUUUAUGGCUUCGGAUAAUGAAAAAUACGACAUAUCUCUCAACUUUGAAGAUAUCUUCUGUCUGACUGAGGUUCCAUGGGCCAAAGUUUCGUCAAUUUCUCUAAAAGCCUGACGGACCUCCCGCACCUAGUGAAGUUUGCAAACGUCGGAUUGGACAGUGUUCAUUCUAGGGACAGAUUAUCGAAGAGUUAAAUGCAAUGUACAAUAUCAUGAAGUAAGCUGCCCUGACUUUUCAUAACUCUGCCCCUCCCUGUAGGUUUAAUUACUUUGUCGACUUAUGAACUUGACACAAUGUUGCCCACUUGUUAUAUAUACCUAAUUUAGCUAGUAGCCUACAUUAUAGACGGCCUGUAAAAGCCAAAAUGCCAUUAGCUUCUUGUUACUGCUAGCUAGAUAUUAGAAUUCCAAGUAUAUACCCUUGGUGGGAAAUCGGUUUCCAAAAUUUCCUUUGGAAUUUUUAAAAACAUGUUUAAAUGUUUCUGUUCCUCAUGCUCGCGUCAUUAACUUUCAUUUUUACUAGUGUGUAUUUACAAAUUUCUGAUUAUUUUUUACUUUUCUAUUUCCGCACAUUUGUUGAGAAGAAUGGCGAUUCGCACAAUUUAUUGUAUUUGUACAAAAUUCCUCUAGGCAAAGAACACAUGCGAAGCAUUUUUAUUCUUGUUAGAAAUAUAAUGACGCCUAUAACAUGAUGCUGAUCUGGUGAACUGCUAACAAAGUCAAAAUUAAAUCAUGUUAAUCGUUAAAUUAAAAAAGUACUGUUAACUACACUGCGCUAACCAAUUACAGUAUGAAAACUGCAAUUUGUAGCGGUUAAGAUAAAUGGGAGGCAAUUUAUCUCAAGGGUAAAACAAAAGUUCUCAAGAUGCAAUUCAUAAAUAAUUAUUUUGAUUUUAAUUGAAUGAUAUUGUAGAACUUUGAUAAUUUCCCCACCUUCAACGUCUGCACAUCAAUUUAAUUAACAUCAAUCAAACAUUCUUUUACAUUUUUUAUGCCAUUUACACAAUAUCAAUUAUAAUUUAAAUGCACCUGUAGAACAUUCAUUUUUAGUUUUUUACCUUGAAGCGAUAAUGGACUUUUGCUUGGUCCAUCGCAUUGUAGAGUGCAGCUGUUAACAGGUAGUUAUUUCCCCAUCGUCACAAUUGUUUUAUUAUAUUGUUUUUAAAACUACUAUAAUUCCUCAUACCGUACAGGGUACAUUCAUAGUUAUGAAUUCAAUUUCAGUUGCAAAUUUGAGGUAUUUUAGUUUUAAAUGUUACACGUAAAUUGUCAAGUACAAUUUAGUAUGUUGGGUAAAAGUAUUCCUGAUGGAGUCGAGUUCCACUGAAUUAAAGCUUACAUAGAAUAUCAAAAACUCUAACCAAAAUGUGUUCCAUAGCUGAAAAGUGUUUUAUAGUUUUUUUUUGUUUGGCCAACAGGCUGUUCUUUUCAUGCACUUUUUAUGUAUUAGCAUCUAAAGCGCGUUUCCUCCAAAAUGACCCUGGACUUUUAUUCUCAGGAGUUACACAUCAAGGGACUGAAAUGUUACUUCAGCUCCUUGUGUGUAUUUCAACCCCUGGGUUAAGGCAAAUUAAGCUCCUUUCACAUCAGACAGAUAAUGAAUAAAAAAGCGAAUAAUACUGAGAGAAAUCAGAUCAACGAAAUUGUGUCAACUAUCACUGACGUUGUGAAUAUGCAGCAUUUUCCAAUGAGUCGGGGCAGUGAAAAAUACAUAGAUUCCAAAAGUGCAAAAUACUGUAGCGAAUAAGUGUGUGCAAUUUUAAAUACACCCAUGGUUAAGAGACAUUUAGCUAUCAAGCUGGAUAAUCAACUGAAAUAAUUUGUGAAUGUAGUUAACCUCUAAUGGAUGCAAUAUGAAGAUUGGUUGGUUUAAGCCGACUGCAAGUUGAAAUGAACCAAUCAGAAAUGUUCAGAGCAGAAAGCUCCUCCCCAAAAGGUUCCUUAAACUUUGGAAAGUCCGACCCCCAAAGAACGAUGUUUUUGGGAGUAAAUUGCCCCUGGAACUUAAUUUAGACCCCGUUUCCUGCGUUGGAAACAUGCUUAGUUCCUGCAAAGAUUCCUCGUUCCAGUGUAAAGUUCCUGCGGUGGAAACGCGGCUUAAUGCACUAUGGUUUUCAAAGUAUUUAUGUUCUUAUUCAGCCACUGUAUUCUACAUUCCCAUAAACCAUGCAGUUAUUAUCAGGAAUGUUUGGUGCUCAACCCAGGAAAUAUAUGAUCUAAAGUUUAUCUCUAACCAUGAUCCACAGGUUUUUUUGUAGUAGACGACAAAUAACUCUUGUAAAAACACAUUUCACUGAAUGGUCAUCCUCUUAUCAUUUACUGUAUGGAACCUAUAACUUCUGCUUGGACAAUAAAUUGUUUCUUGGCUUAAAUGUAUUUCAUUGUACCAUUAUUGAUUCCUCAUAAUUGAAACUAUGUUUCAAAUAGCCAACUGGUUUCCAUAGCUCUGAUAUCUCCUGGGUCUCGCAUGUUCUACUGUUAAUUGUUUUUGGUACCUCUGGAUUUUUUGAAGUCCCAAUGUGUAAAAAUGAGCCCCUCCCAGUUAAUGGGUUUAAAAAAAAAAAUAGUCUUCUGUCCACUCUGACGAACUGUGUUACGAAAGCAGAGCAUAGCUCUGGGCCCUUGGUGGCAUGAGUGAGAGGAGUUUUCGGAUUGUUUUAUUUAUUUAUUUUUUAAAAGAAAGCAGGACAAAAUAUCUUCUCUGGGUUGUUUUCCAUCAUGCAUGUUAAUGUGUGUUGUAUGUUGUGUGGUUGUUAUGUUGCAUUUUCAUCAUGUUUGUAUUCCAUGUUUUAUGUUGUUCAUGUGUCAAAUGUUCUUCCUCAUGCAUGUGUGGGCUUCCUGCCUGUUAUGUUGUUCCUCAUGUAUGUGGUUGAUCAUGUGUAUGUGGUCAUCAUGUAUGUCAUG